AAAUAUUCCUUCAAGCAUUUCAUAGAAAUUUGUAAUUUUACAAAUAAUAAAGUGCCAGAACACUAAUCUUAUAGUGCUGUCAUCGUGUAUUUUGUUUUUGUAAGGAACAUAUAAAAACACCAUCCUAUGCUUCUGUUUUCCUAUUCCCUUUGUAUUACAGCUACAAGAAGCACUAUAUUCUGCCCACUGUACAUGAUACCAAGCUCCUGGAGCAGUCAAGAGCCUACAUGAUGGCGGAUACAGAAGCAGGAUGGUUCUCCCUGACUUCUUGUCUGGUUGUUGGUGUUGUAACACUUGCAGCAAUGUGGUUUUGGCGCUGUUGUCAAGUGCUAAUGACUUUUAAACGGAUGGGUGUCCCAGGUCCAGUGCCUAUUCCUGUUUUUGGAAACGUAUUGACCAUUUUCAGUAAGGGAAUUGUUAACAUCUUUCCAUUUUGGAACAAACAGUAUGGAAAACUAUAUGGUAUCUUCAUGCCCUCACCAGCUCUGGUAAUCAGCGACCUUGAUCUGAUCAAAGAUGUUGCAAUCAAACAGUUUCAGUCAUUCCCCAACAGACUGGUAAUAACGGCUUUCAAGUUCAAGCCAUGGAAUGCCAAUUUACUUUCAUUACGAGAUGACCACUGGAAGCAUGUGCGGGGAGUACUUUCUCCAACCUUCAGUUCUGGCAAACUCAAAAAGAUGGUACCUGCAAUAAAAAGAGUGGUAUCUAAUCUUGUUAACAAUAUAACAGAAAAAGCCAAGACAGGAGAAAUGAUUGAAUUAAAAGAAUUUUGUGGAUGUUUUGCCUUGGAUGUCAUUGCUGGUUCAGCAUUUGGACUUCAGGUAGAUUCAUUGAAAAACCCUAAAGAUCCAUUUGUUCAUCAUGCAUACAAUGUGCUGUUUGGGAGACAAUGGCUGAUGCCAAUCUUUGUGACUUCACCAUUUCUGUCAAAACUGCUACACAAGAUUGGUUUGACAUUUUCUCCAAAAGAGUCCUCAGACUUUUUCUUCAACGCCACUGAGAGCGCUCUGAAGGAAAGGCGCCAAGAGAAAGAGAAAUUCAGUGACUUUCUCCAGCUGCUUGUAGAAGCAGAGAAAGAACAAGAGGCACAACAAGAGGUUGAUACUGAGAUUGACCACAGAUCACAGCUACACACUUCUUCCCAGUGGACUCGUAAAGGUCUAACACGGGAGGAAAUUCACAGCAAUACCCUAAUCUUUCUUGCUGCUGGUUAUGACACAGUUUCCACGGCAAUGUCCUACACCUUGUUUUGCCUGGCAGCCAAUCCAGAAUGUCUUCACAAGGCACAACAGGAAGUUGAUGACAAGCUUGGGAAGAAACUUGCUGAUUACUCCACAGCAAAUGAACUGGUGUACCUUGACAUGUGCCUUAAUGAAGCACUUAGAAUGUUUACUCCAGCAUUCUUCACAGACAGAGAAUGCACUGAGGAUACUGAAGUAGGAGGUUACAAGGUGCCUAAAGGAAUGCGAGUUGUAUUUCCAUUUUAUGCCAUCCAUAAUGAUCCUGAGAUCUGGCCUAACCCCACCAAGUAUGACCCAGAAAGACACACACCUGAGCACGUGCAGCCCAGCAUCCAUGCAGCUUUUUGCCUUUUGGCAUUGGCCCCCGCAACUGCAUCGGCAUGAGACUGGCACAGCUGGAGAUUCGCAUAGCUCUGGCAGCUAUUCUACAGCAAGUCACACCAGUCCUAUGUGAGAAGUCAGUGUAUCCUCCCAGACGUUUUCUGUUUGGUCGCAUCACUAGCAGUGAUGGUCUGUGGGUGAAAUUCCUGCCCCGUAAAUGACACAGUCAUCAAAAGAGACAUGACAGGGGACCAGACCCCAGUAGAGUGACAUAAAUUGAGCCAAGAUGACCCAAGUAUAGUGACAAAAUAUGAAUAGUUGAUAUUUAUGUGAUUAAAGAGCUGGGUGAGUAAUGAGCUUUAGUAAUUUGUAAAUCAGUAUAGCUUGGUGUCAUCAGCCAAAGUGAAAGUUGAUUGUGCUGAAAACAUAACAUAUCAAAUAUUAAUUUUGGAAAAUUGCAGACUUCUAAAUGGCACCUAAAGCUUCUUUACAGUUUUAUUAUACCAGCUAUUUGAAUAUGUUGUAGCAUCAAUCAGGAUAAGAAUGAAGCUUGCUGUCAAUAAGAUAAUCUGAAAAACUUUUUAAAGACAUUUUUUACUUGUUUAUUGAUUGUAUAUGGAACUUUUUAGUAGUCAAAGUUUGUAAUACACUUUAUAUUCGCUUAUUGCUGAAAAGAGUUUUACCAGAGAUUUGACCGAAAUAAAAUAGUCUCACUUCCU